GUUAAAAUUCCCAACCUGUCAAAGGCCCGCUCCAUUUUGAAUUCCCUUCAAAGCCACCCAUUUAUAACCUUCUUUCUUCACGUUUCCUCCAAGUGAUCAAAGAAUGGCAGCCUCCGUCGAGCGACCGCAAACUAUUCAGACCAUGAUUGAUGGCGUCGAGCGCUACAAUCCAGACAAUGCUGUAGUUUUGGAGGAGUAUUUGGCUGAACAAUGCAAGAACGGUGAAUACGAUUUAACGGCCAAUCUUGCCUUGCUUAAAUUAUAUCAACUAAACCCACAGCUUAGCAAGGUCCAUGUCAUUGUGAACAUUCUUGCCCAAUCCUUGACCGCUAUUCCCAAACCCGACUACAAUUUAUGCAUGUACCUUUUGACGGACUACGUGGAAGUCGAUGAGGUGAAACGAUUGACACACUUGCAACAGUUGCUCGAACAGUCGCGAUACGCCGAGUUUUGGAAGACGUUGGAGAACGAUAAAGCAUUGAUCAAGGAUAUUGUUGGAUUCGAAGAUACCAUUCGUCAAGUGAUUGCUCUCGUUGUCAGCAUGUCUUAUCAGACGAUCGCUACCUCAGUUCUUGAGUCAUACUUUGCUUUGACGGGUGAUGCGUUCAAGCAGUUUUGCGAAAAGCACCAGUGGCAAUUGAAUGGUAACACCGUAUCGAUUCCCAUCAACGAGGAUAACGAAGCAAAGACCGUGGUGGUCCGUGAGAAUAUCAAAUUCGAACAGCUCACCAAGGUCAUUGGCUACUCUAACGAAAUGUAAAUAACAUAUUAAAACAGACACACACGCACACCCUCUCGAUUACUUCUAUGCAACA